CAGUCCUCACGCGAGAAAUUCACCGGACAUUAUAUGAACACGAAACGUACUUUUUGCUCGUCAUCGUACAUUGCAUCGUACGCCGCGAGAAAAACUGCAGGCUUUCUACCUUUUCAGUGCAAUUGAUUUAUGGAAAUUUCACUGCUCGCGCACCGCCGCUAUUAGAGAUCGUUGAAAUUUGCGGUGCGCGGGUAAUUUUCUGAUACUUUUCCGUGUCGAAUCAUCGAAAUAAAUUGCCUCUUCGCGAUCCUAUACUGCUCAGUUAUGAAGUGCAGUCCUCAGUUACGAGGUGCAAAAAAAAAUGAAUAGCGGGAUGCAAAAGAUUUAAGCGUCUAAUUUGCUAAUUAUACAAAUGUAUACAAGGAAAGUUACGAGUUGCAUCGAACGUGCAAUACUUCCUGGGCUGAAGAAGACGGAGGAAGGUAGUACGUGGGACAAUUUUCUGGCUGUCCUGGGAGAAGUGAUUGGAACAGCAAUUCUAAUCUUUCUGGGAUGCACGAUAGGCUUGGGCAGUAUGAAGCCGUAUAAUGAAAUUGGGCCGCCGUCUGUCCUACAAGUUUCUCUGGCUUUCGGUCUCGCUGUUAUGAUCGCUAUACAGUGCGUUGGCCACAUCAGUGGCGCUCACCUCAAUCCCUCUAUUACAGUCGCCUCGGUGAUUUUCGGCAACACGACCCUUAUGAUGGCUGGAUUCUACGUCGUUGCACAAUGCUUGGGUGCCCUGCUAGGCUACGGCUUGCUAAAGCUGAUAACACCGCCUUAUCUUGUGCACAACGGUAACUCAACCGCAACCAAAUCAUUCUGCAUGACGGUCCUUAACGACGAACUGAAUAGCGCCCACGGAUUCGCGACUGAGGCUCUAGCCACAGGUAUAUUAGUCUUCUUCGCCUGCAGCAGUUGGGACUCGCGAAACGCGAAGAACAGCGAUUCGAUGGCAUUGAAAUUCGGCCUCUGCAUCACCGUGUUGUGUCUUGCCUUCAUCCCCUACACCGGCUGCAGUCUGAACCCCGCCAGAACGUUCGGGCCAGCAGUCUGGAACGGCUACUGGACAAGCCACUGGAUGUACUGGCUGGGACCGAUCACGGGCGGUGUUGUCGCGGCUAUGCUCUAUCGGUGCCUAUUCUCGCCCGAAACGAAAAAUCAAGAGAACACCACGCAGGACGUGGCAACUUUAAACGGCACCGAGACGUAAACGGAAUCCGAGCGAAAUUGCAUUCCGGUCGUCGGUGUUUCACAAAUUGAACGAGAAAUCCUGAUCGCACUGGUAUUUUCCCCGGUUAAGAAAAAGGACGUUGCAAAAGUUGCGGCGAAAGAAACUCUCGUGCGGAGCGAUGGAAGCAGAUCGGAGGGGCUUCGAACUUUACGGAUUUCCACUUUCAAGGCGCUCGGAAAUGUCCCAUUCGAAAAUCUUGUAACCGAAGGAUCGCAACGCAUCGAAGGACUGCCGAUACAAGGACAAGGACUUCCGCGUCGUAGACUGAUGUGAUGGAUUACUUUUGUACAAAAAUACGAUAUACCUAUAAUAUUAGGUAAGGCGCCGCGUGACGUUAGCUUUAGUUGCGGUACACGCAAAAUUUCUGGCAUGUUUGUUAUAGUAUAAUUAUAGUCUAGUUACUUUGUUCGCGUCACGGCCUCGCGAAACACCGUAGAAAUGCAUUUCACAUGAAGAGCGGACAAAAUAUAAAUUAAAAAUUAUUCUUAUUCCGACAUUUUUUUUAAUUAUUUCACCGUAAGAGGACACAGAAUGCCGUAGCAAACGCGAGCCGGAGGAUAUCAUGAAAAAAUAAUGAAACAUUUUUGAAAACUUUAUUCCAAGAAUUAAAAUAUUAUAUACGAUGAAUAAUUGACGUUAAUAUGCAUUUCAAAUAUUUAUAUCGACAUACGUCUAUAGGAAUAUCGCCGAGAGCCGUGACGCAUAUUUAUAUAUUUAUAUUUUUGCUACGUAGUGUAUGUAGUCUUUUCACCGCCAGCACUUUCCAAGAAGAUCACUCUAUGUCGUCUAACACGAAGCGAAGCACCGGAAUAACGCAUAGUUUCGUCUUGUCUAGCAGUAUGCAGUUUCAAGUAUUAACUCUCUCUCCCGCUCAUCCCAUUCAUCCCUAUUUUGUCAUUAUUUUGUAACGCGAGGCGCACGCGUAGAAGACAAUCCCUGUCACGUGUAUCCCGCGGCCGGUCUCUCGCAGCGCUUUUUAUUAAUUAUUAGCGAAUUUAUGGAUUACAGACUCGGCUCGCUCGCUCGCAAUUCCACUAAAUUCGCCGUCAUUAUAUCGUACACGUACGCGAUGCAGCUCGUUAAGACCGACGUUGAGGUGGCUGCUCUCGCGCAGCAGCGUAACACCGGCCGACUCCCCCCACCCCCCUCCCUCUCCAUCUCUCUCUUUCUCUCUUAUCCCUGCUGCGACGAAAUUCGAAAUAACGGAAUUAGUCUCGGUGAAUUCAGGAAAUUACCUCCAUCGCCGUCGGUCGCGCCAAAGUUUUAAUUGUACUCGGUACAUAUCUAUACACGCGCGUGAGCGCGAGCGUGAGUGUCGUGACGCGUGUGUGUACGCGAUUGCAAUUACGUUCCGCGGCUUAAUGUACAUGUAAAUAUAAGAUACACACCUCGGACCAUCUCGCUCGCUUCCUCCCCGCUAACCCCUCUUGUAUAGAUAACAAUAACUUUAAGAGCCCGAGUGCGAAACCGCGCGGUAGAUUCUGGUCCGGAAUUCGCGCGCUUCGUUCGCGCGCGAGGCGAUGUCGGGGAUAAGAUCGAAUUUUGGAUUACACGACUGUUGCGUGUGUUCUGAAUUGUAAUGGGACACGGCUUUUCGAAUAAAUUACACACGAUGUAACGAGUGCUUUUCUCUCUCUCUCUCUCUUUCUCUCUGAGGCACAUCUUUGCUCCCCGAGCAAGUUUAUCAUAUGUUACAAGAAUUUUUACUCUACACCCUCAGAAAGGGUUACCGAGACAAAAAAUAUUCUGGACGCAUUUAUAUUUCUCACAACCAAGUAUAUGCGACUAAUUUUGGAUUACACGACUGUUGCGUGUGUUCUGAAUUGUAAUGGGACACGGCUUUUCGAAUAAAUUACACACGAUGUAACGAGUA